AUGACAAAGCUUGACGUCGAAUACAGUGUCGCCGCGUCUGGAACGGCAGCCAUUUACGAGCUGUUUGUCCAUCUGCUCAAGAUCAAGCUGCCCGCCAAGGGAUUGCUGCACCCGGUGUUCGACAGGUUCAACACCACGUGCACCCGUCUCAAAGACCUGGGCCUCGAGCUCAAUGAGAGGUUCAGGGCAAUGCUCCUCAUGCACAAGCUCCCACCGUCAUACAAGACGAUUGCGGAGAUGCGCAACGCCGAAGCUAAGGAGCUCAAGGACUUAAAGGUUGCUGACAUCAAGUCGGCUGCACUUUGCCACCAGACGUGCAUGCACACCGUGGCGGUCACCAAGAGCGGCAGCUCUAACAAGGCUCAGGGUUCCAAGCUGAACCACUCGACUCCGCAACGCGUUGAGUCCCAGCAGCAGCGGAAGGGCGGUCAGUCUGACCAGCGCCCGCAGCAGCAGAGGACCAGGCACCGGAAGGGCCGCCAUUCUUACAAGAAGGGCAAGCGCGCCUACGUUGUUGCCUGCAGCAUCGCGAGCUGGUUCACCCAAACCCGAGUCUGGCUCUGA